GUGUCGCGAGCCUUAGGGCUGUGUACUAGGGAGCAGUCCUGGGCUGCAGGAUUCUAAGUGUCGCUUUGAUUGUGGCAGCGUGACCGGUUAUGAAUGCUAUAAGUGUGCGGUUGAAAUCACCUGUCUCCAAGUUGUAUAGCUGAUCGUUGCUGUGCAGACGUAUUGUGAUGCUAUGUGUUGUGGUGCCGGAAUCUUGUGAUUGUGGAAAUAGCAUCGCGUGGUCCUGUAGUGUGUUAUGUGCCCGAUAGCCUUUAUUCCUGUGGGAUGUGAAUAUAGUUGUAACUAUCACCGGUGUUUGUCUCUGUGGGUUAAGUGACCUUGAGUAGCAGUACUGUGUGUGUAUAGCAGUGUUCUGUGUCUGUGGUUAUGCAUCAGCACUGCGUGGGCAUCCUUACUGUGUCCUUUUUGGGAGAAGGGAGGGCGAGAGGAUAAGACUCUGUGGCAGGUGACGCUGUGCAUGCAGGUGUGGACUGUCUUUGCUAAUGACUGUCUCCAGAGUGACUGUUCAGUUAUGGCUGGAUGGUGUCGAGUACUGUGCUUUCACCUCAGUGCUGCGGGUCUCUCCUUAAUCCCCGUCAAUGUCUCGGCAGCUGCUGACCACAUCAAUUGUCCCAGUAAAACAAAGGUUUCACGUCAGUGGUUCUGGUCUCUUGUUGAUCACGGCCCACUCUUCAGCCCCAGCCGACCAGACCUUACAGAUUCUCAGAUAGUGUCUCUACCUUUCCCAAGCCAGGCCUCCAUCUUCUGCGUGUCCCUCAGCGUUCUGGUCUCCUAAGCUCCCAAAGAACGGCCCACUGAGCUUCGAAAACUCAACAGCUUUUCCAGCCCAGAGUCCUUCUACGAUCCUCCAAAAGCCAGCAUAGUUAGGACUCUUCACUUAUCCAAAACGAGAAAUCAGAGUAGGCCAGGUUCUGAAUGCUAUGUCCCUUCAGGAAACAGUGACAUUCAGGGAUGUGGCCGUGGAGCUUUCAGAGGAAGAAUGGAAGUGUAUGGACCCUGCCCAGAAGGACCUGUACAGAGACGUGACUCUGGAGAGCUUCAGUCACUUGCUCUCACUAGGCGUGGCAUCGAGGGGUGAAGGAGUUCCACAGCAAGGACUUUUGGAAACAGAGUCCUUUAAAAGGGAGGAAGUGAAAAGCUGUGGCCUUGAGGACUCCCACGGCACGGACGACGGGGCUCGCAGAACCAGUUUGAGAGACAGCCGUGGAGUCAGGAGUGCCAUCUCAAGCCAGUGGAAGUCCCCUAUGGAAGUAUGCCUGCUUUCAAGCCUCGCACAUCCUUCGCCCUGUUACAUCAGAGCCGCAGGACUCUGGAGAAACCUUUCGAAUGCAGUGACUGCGGGAAAGCAUUUAGCAGGGCCCCACCCCUUACGCAGCACCAGAAGACUCCUGCUACUGAGAAGCCUUUUGAGUGUAAGGAGUGUGGGAAAGCUUUUGGGCGAGCCCCACACCUCGUUCAGCAUCAGAGAAUCCAUGCAGGUGAAGCCCUAUGACUGUCAGGAGUGUGGGAAAGCCUUUGGUCGCACUUCCGACCUUACUCUCCGUCACGGGCUUCACACUGGGGCCAAACCCUAUGAAUGCAAAGAAUGUAGAAGGACCUUUAGGCAGCAGUCACAGCUUAUUCUGCAUCACAGAACCCAUACGGGUGAGAAACCUUCGUUUGUAAAGAGUGUGGGAAGGCUUUCGUUCGUGGUUCCCAGCUGACCGCACUGGAGAACUCACACAGGGGCUAGGCCCUGUCAGUGUAGAGACUGGAAAGGCCUUCCGCCAGCACUGGCAGCCCACUGUGCACCAGCGAAUCCACACCGGGGAGAAGCCCUACCAAUGUAAGGACUGUGGGAAGGGUUUUAUCCAUAGCUCAGAAGUCACUCGCCAUCAGCGAAUUCAUUCUGGGGAAAAAACCUUAUGAAUGUAAGGAGUGUGGAAAAGCCUUCAUUCGUGUUUCCAGGCUGACUCACCACCAGAGGAUCCACACCUAUGAGAAACCUACAUAUGCAGGGAGUGUGGCAUGGCUUUCAUUCACAGUUCACAGCUGACUGAACAUCAGAGAAUUCACCCUGGUAUCAAACCUUAUGAAUGUAGAGAAUGUGGGCAGGCCUUUAUCCAUGGCUCACAGCUCAUUGACCACUACCGAGUUCACACUGACUAGAGGGUUCUGGGAUAUUUGUGCACUCUGUGAUUGUGUAAUAAAAAGCUGAAUGACAGAUAGCUACACGGGAGGUACGGGUGGGAUUUCCAGGGAGAGAAAGGGAGAAGAGGAGGAAGUUGGACACACAGGAGACACAGAGAGGACACAGGAGAGCUAAUGGAAGAGAGGUAAUGCCAUGUGAUAGAAUGUGGAUUAAUAAAAAACAUGGGUUAAUUUAACUUAUAAGAGCUAGUUAGGAACAAGCCUAAACUAUAGGCCGAUCUUUCAUAAUUAAUAAGAAGUCUCUGGAUCGUUAUCUGGGAGCAGGCUGGCAGGACAGAAAAGGACUCACUACCCCUAGAGUCCUAAACAUCAGUUGCAGAGACAAGCCUUUUUGUGAAGUUCACAUCUGGCCAGAGGUGUAUCGCCCCCAGUGUGAAUAAUGUCAGAAGAAGUUCAUUCAUCUCUGUUAAAGGAAUCAGAAGACUCAGUGCCAGCAGACAGACAAAGUGAGCAUGGGAAUUCACUUCGCCUUGUUCUCUGGUUACUAAGCGUCAGCAAACCUGUGCUAAAAUUAACUUCAUAUGAACAUAGAAAAGUCUUUAUUGCCUAUCAAAAUAUGUUCAAUUUCUGAGAAUCCCAAAUAGACCGUGAUCCUGAUUAGAUUA